CUAUUAAAAGUCAGUUAUAUUGGUUUGGAGAGAAUAUGACCCCACAAGUGGGACACUAUGAUUCUACAAACUACUCCCUCCAAUUCUCUAGAAGUUAUUUCUCUGGACACAUACAGUCUGCAAAGUGUUACAUAUUCAUUUUUUAUGUGUUUACGCACUUCAACAUAAUUUUGAUAUUUUAAUCUCCUAAAAAUAUAUACUUGUAGCAUUUGUGUAUCUCAUAUUCUCAUAUAAAUUACUAAAAACAUGCUGGUAGUGAAAAGUUUGACUAGGCACAUGUCGAAAACAACUGCUUUUAGGGCAUCCACACCACAAGAUGUUUUUGAAUGGGUGCCUGGAGUGAGAGUGUACCGACAUUAUUAAGCAACUAUGUCAAAGAAGAAGGCUAUGGCGAGGCCAAUUGAAGAAACUGGCCUCAGAUAAGCUCAUCAAUUGUCCCAAGUCAGCUGAUCAAGGUUGAGCCCAUCGAGUUGCGCUUCCCCGUUGCGCAAAUCGUGUCAAGCACACUGAAGAUAUGCAACAUUACUGAUUACUAUGUGGCUUUUAGUAUAUGUUCAAAUAAUAAUGCAGCGAAGUGCACCAUGUUACUGAACAGCGAAGGAGUUCUGUCACCACAAUCCACCCUAGAUGUUCUUGUAAGAUUUUUUUUCCCAGAAAAACGCAAAAGCUUCAACCCCAAGGAGGUGGUCACUGUGAAGAGCACCGUCGUGGAGCAAAGCUUGAUGACCACAAAUGUCACACAUGACAUGUUCAAAACAGAGAAGAGCCGAAACGUGGAGCUGGCCGUAUUUUUUGUAGCCUCCAAGAUCAUAUCAAAAGUAAAGUCCGUGUCGACAAUAGACGUGCAUCCAACAGAUACAUGGAUGGUUAUUACUCAAGGAGACAAGUCUUUCCGAAUGAACUAUCGUACAAAGGAAGUGGAAUUGGUUGAGUUGAAGGGGGGAGAAGUUAGUUUGGCUAAAUUUAUAGCCCGUGAGAAAUGGAUUUUGGCUGGUUUUACUAGUGGACUCCUCUGCGUGUACAGUUGGGAUUUACAAAAGAGAAUUCAUGUUCUGCGUGAACACUCAACAUCUAUUAAGUCUUUGGCUAUCCAUGGAACUAAGCCAUAUGUGCUGUCAGGAUCCCGAGAUGGUAAAAUUUUGCUCUGGGACUAUGGAAAGGGCUGGCAUUUGAUAAAAACAUUUUAUGCCAAUGGUGAGCUUGAUAAAUUGGUCGGACCCUACGCAAACAGGAGCUUCAUGCACCGGGUUGCCAUUUUUGGUGAGCUUGAUAAAGGCGAUACUGUGGAGCAAAUUGUAUUUAACCCAAAGGACACCGAUAUGUUUGCCAGUGCCCAGGACAAAACAGUAAAGAUUUGGAAUCUGCAUUCUGGUGAAUGCAAGCAAAUUUUGUCUGGGCAUUCAGAUUUGAUUGUGUGUUUGGAUUACUUGAGUCUGGGUGAUAAGCUAUACUUGAUCACAGGUUCACAAGACAGAACUGCCAAGAUCUGGGACUGCGAGACAGGGAAUUGUGUUCAGACACUGAAAGGGCAUACAGAUGUUGUUAAGAUUGCAUGUUUCCAUCCGGAUCUUCUAAUAAUAAUUACAGCUUCAUGGGAUGGGUCAGUUCGUCUGUGGGACUCCACCAACUUUCGGCUUGAGCGGACACUGGACUUCAAGCUCGGAAAAGUUAAUUCUGUAGCAUGUUUGAAGGGAUUAACAAGAAUCGCGAUUGGGCAUGAGAAAGGAUUAGUGCUGGCAGACAUAAGGCCCUGAGAAGGUGAUUUAGCAACAGAACGAAAACCAAAAGGUUAACGCGAGCUGCCGGAGUGAAUGAAGAUGGUUGAAGAAGGGUACUGGAACAUUCUUGUGAAUCUGAUUGGGUUGAUUCAGUUCGAAACGGCAAACAGACUAAAGAACAGUGAUCCUUGCAUGUAAUAUUCCCCUUUUCUUUCUGAACAUGUUUGUUAUUGGCAUGUCUUUAAGCACAUUUGAUUCCCUGGAGAAAUCGGACAUCCUUCUUUUAUUCACGGCAUGUCGUCUGUUUACUCCAUGUUAGCUUCAUUUGCAAAUUAUCUACCCAAUUCUAUCUUCA